GCGCUCUCUGCUUCUUCUCUUGUAAUGCAGUUCUGGCAGUUUGGAGAGUGGGUGGAAGUGGUGAUUGAUGACCGUCUCCCGGUGAAAGAUGGGAAGUUGCUGUUUGUCCACUCCGCAGAGGGGACUGAAUUCUGGAGCGCUCUGCUGGAAAAGGCCUACGCCAAGCUGAACGGCUGCUAUGAGGCUCUGUCAGGCGGCAGCACAUCAGAGGGCUUUGAGGACUUCACCGGAGGCGUGACGGAGAUGUUUGAGCUGAAGAGCGCCCCCUCAGACCUCUUCAACAUCAUCAGCCGAGCCGUGGAGAGAGGAUCCCUGCUCGGCUGCUCCAUCGACAUCACCAGUUCGUCAGACAUGGAGGCCGUCACAUUCAAGAAGCUGGUGAAGGGCCACGCCUACUCCGUGACCGCUGUGCACGAGGUGAUGUACAGAGGAAACCUGACCAAGCUGGUCCGCAUCAGGAACCCCUGGGGGGAGGUGGAGUGGACCGGGGCCUGGAGCGACAACUCCAGAGAAUGGGACUCCGUGGAUGGCUCCACCAGAAGUCAGCUUCAGAAACGCAGUGAAGACGGGGAGUUCUGGAUGUCCUACAGUGACUUCCUGCGGGAGUUCACCCGUCUGGAGAUCUGCAACCUGACGGCGGACGCCCUGCAGCACUGCCAGAUGAAGAAGUGGAACACGUCGCUCUUUGGCGGCGAGUGGAGGAGAGGCAGCACCGCUGGAGGUUGCAGGAACUACCCAGCGACAUUUUGGCUGAAUCCUCAGUUUAAGAUCAUCCUGCAGCACCCCGACGCCCCCGGCCAAUCGGACUGCAGCUUUUUGGUGGCUCUCAUGCAAAAGGACCGCAGGAAGAAAAGACGAGAGGGCAAAGACAUGGAGACCAUCGGGUUUGCUCUGUAUGAGGUUCCAAGAGAGUUCGUGGGGAGCUCGGGGGUCCACCUGAAGCGAGACUUCUUCCUCACGCACGCCUCCAGCGCUCGCUCGGAGCAGUUCAUCAACCUGAGGGAGGUCAGCUCACGCCUGAAGCUGCCCGUCGGGGAGUACGUCAUCGUCCCCUCCACCUUUGAGCCCAACAAAGACGGCGACUUUGUCCUGAGAGUCUUCUCCGAAAAACCUGCCGGCUCCGAGGAGCUUGAUGACAAAGUCGUUGCAAAUCUUCCACCAGAGACUAAACUUGAUGAGAGCCAGAUUGACGCAGGCUUCAAGAGUCUCUUCAGGCAGCUGGCAGGCAAUGACAUGGAGAUCAGCCUGACUGAGCUUCAGACUAUACUGAACAGGAUCAUGAGCAAACAUAAGGACCUGAAGACGGACGGCUUCUCUAAAGAAGCUUGUCGCAGUAUGAUAAACCUCAUGGACGUGGACGGGAGCGGGAAGCUGGGCCUGACGGAGUUCCACGUUCUCUGGGAAAAGAUCAAACGAUACCUGACUAUAUUCAGAGAGUUUGAUUUGGACAAAUCGGGAACCAUGAGCUCCUAUGAGAUGCGGAUGGCCCUUGAAUCUGCAGGCUUCAAGCUGAACAACCAUCUGUUCCAGCUGAUCAUCCUGCGGUACACGGAGGAAGACAUGGCCAUCGACUUCGACAACUUUGUCACCUGUUUGGUCCGGCUGGAGACGAUGUUCAAAACAUUUACAAACAUGGACACGGAUGGAGACGGUCAAAUAUCCCUUAACUUCUUUCAGUGGAUCACUCUGACCAUGUUUGCCUAGAGAUGAGUGGAGUCCAUGAACCACAUCCCACUGCAACUCCAGGCCCAUUAUUCCCAGAUUUUUUUUAAUUUUUAACCUUUUUACCAGUGCCUUCACUGCUCUCUUCUCCUCCAGGAUGCUCUCUGCUGAGGCCUUGUGAUGCUAAAACAGACAGACUCUGUGACUCCAGUGCCUGUAUCGGAAAUGUGCCAAUUCUUUAUUCGUUGCAUGUUUUGCCAAUUGAACAGAGCUCACUCUGGGUGCUAAUGUUUUUGUUUUGUUCUUGUUUUACCCUCAAGUAAUGCUGAUAAACUAUAUAGACAUAAAAAAAUUAAUGGUUGGGUCUAAGUGGGUGGACACAGGGUUGUGCUUUUGUUGCAUUUUUUUUUUAUAUCCACAAAAUCUUUACUUUUUUACCACACAUCCAAGUGUUUUCUUUCACCAAGAAGAGGAUUCUGCAGUCAUUUGCUUUAGUUUCAUUUUAUCCUUCAGACUUCGAGUUUGAAACGACCACCUGUGCACUCGUGGUCAUUUGGCAACUCAUAGAGUUUUAUCUCUUUUCCUCACCUUCUCUGAUUCACAAGUAUUAACGCUUCUGCUAUGAUUUCUUUAAAUUCAAAAAUGCAAACAUUGCUCUAAAACCUCAAAUUUUAAAUGUUAGGGAAUUAUUAGUUGAUAUUUUUCUCUCAUACUAAUCCAUUAAAAUCUUUUCUUUUUUUUUACGUGGGCCACCUGAAGCUUUGCAACACCUCAGUCCAUUGAUGCAAGCAACAGAAAAUGAGAGCAAGCAUCUGAAAAUCAUGCCUAGCAUUUAACGUAAACAAAUAUAUGCAAUAUUACAUAAUGGAUGUUUGCAGCAGUGCUGCUGGCCUGGCAUGUUAAUGUUCUUGUGCCAUACUUCUUCUACUCUCUUAUCAGCUUUCCUGCAGCAUUACUGAGGUCUGGUGGUUUAUGCACUGUAUCAUAGAGAAUGUCCUGUUUAGCUUUUAUUAUGCUCAUUGUUAUUAUGCAUGGCGUUUCGGACUGUUCUGAAAUAUCCUGGGUGCAGGACGACCUUUAACCUUUUUUGUAACGGCUGGAUUUUAUACUCUGGCAAAGGGAUUAUGUCAACAUGUGUCAUCAUGAAGUGUAAGGUGAACGUGAACAUUUUUGCAAAGCGGAUGGAAAAUGUGUGCAUGAAGUGUCAAAUGUAAAAAUGUUCUGCUUUUAAGAAUGGGGUUUUGUUUUUUUGUUUUUUUAUUACUACUAUGAUGGGAGCAAGAUUUUGAGAUCAUGUAUAAUGUUGCAACAUUAAGCCUUUAAGUGUUUCAUAUACGGGGGGUAAAGAGGUAAAAGACAUGUUUGCCAUUUAAAAAAAAUUAAAUACAUUUUGUAAAUGGGAGAACGGCAAUGAGUGACCUGCGUCUUUAAAUCGUUCAAACCAACCCCUUUGACUUGCAUCAUUGCUGACGCUCUUGACCUUUGCAGCAUAAUGCUUAUGCAAUGUUGUGUAAAGUUUACGCGGGGUGAUUUUUCUCGGGGUCGCUUUGUACCCAUCCAUCAUGCAAUAUUGUGGUUUACGUCGGUGCUUUCUGUCAAAUCUCUGCACACACUUUGAAAAUAAAAAAAAUAUGAGCCUUUGAA